AUGCCGAAGCCAAAUCUAUUGCUAUGUUUCGACGCUUUCGGCACGUUAUUCAAGCCCAAGGGCUCUGUUGCCCAGCAAUACGCUGAAAUUGCGCGGCAAUGCGGCAUGGCCAACAUCACAGAGAAAGAGCUGCAGCCGCAUCUAGGGACUGCUCUCAAGGCCGAGAUGAAGAAAAACCCCAACUAUGGGAAAGCCACCGGUCUAGGUGCAACCAAGUGGUGGACGAAUGUAAUUGAAAAUGCUUUCACGCCAAUGAUACCAAAAGGCGAGAACCUCCCCCAGGACCUUGCGCCAAAACUCCUCCAUCGAUUCUCCUCAAAGGAAGGAUACGAAGCUCAAGCGCACCUCACUUCCAUGUUCAAAACUCUCCGCAGCGACGACACCCGCCGGCUGUUCGAGAAGAUCGUCAUCGGCGUCAUCACCAAUUCAGAUGACCGCGUGCCCGGCAUCCUCUCAUCGUUCAAUGUCAAGGUCGCUCCCCUGCGUUUCGGCACGGAGGUUGAUCCAACCUGGCCUUCCAAGGUGGACGUGGAGCCUCCCAACGACAUUGAUUUCCACUGCAUCUCGUAUGACGUUGGCGUUGAGAAGCCCGAUCAUCACAUAUUCAGAGCGGCGGAGCUCAUGCUUGCACAAAUUAUCACCGUCCGAGAAGGUCCCAGUGAUUUCCAAGCCCAGAUUGAUGGCUGGACAAAGAUUUAUGUCGGUGAUGAGUAUGCCAAGGAUGUCGUGGGGGCCCGAAACGCCGAAUGGAACCCGGUACUUCUCGAUGUAGACCAUGAAUCAGAUGAAAAGAUUCCCAGGCUGGAAGACAACGCGGCGGCGGGAAUAGAUGACCUUUUCGAGAAGCAUCCAGUUGUUCGGGUGCAUUCUCUGGAGCAGUUAGCCGACUGGCUUGGAGGCGUAGCCAAAUAG